GUGAGAGUUGAGAGCUGUUUCUCUCACUAGAAAACUUCUAGGUUGCUCUACUACCCUCCGGGGCCGCCACUCGCGGUGGUCGCCGGCGCCGGAGCCCUCCUGGCUCCGGUGGGAUGGGUUGGUUGAUGUUCAUUAAGGAUUUUUGGAAAAAAUCUCACUGAGGUGGGAGGUUCUUGUUUGGGUUUGGAAAGUGUAUGGUUCGUUCCCGUGGGUUGUGCCUACUGGCCGUGUGAGUCUUCUACUUGCCGGUCGUGUUGGUGCCUGGUGGCUAUCCAUGGCCGGACUCCAUGGAGCUGCAGGAACAAGGAGAUGCAGGAAGAUAUGGCAAGCAGGGGUCUGGUGGAACUUGUUCCACUAGUUUAUACUUCGGACGAGGACUGCCGCGUAUCACACACAUCUUCCCCUUUCCAUUCACAACCACGGUGAAAACCGUCCGGCGUGCACAGUUUUACCGUCUUCGGACAUGGCGUUGGAGUUGGUUGGGGUUGGCUGAUGAAGACGGGGGACAAGUGGAGGGCACGCUAGUUCACCACGAUUCAGUCUCCCAGUUUGGUUUGGGACCUACUGGUUCUUACCAAGGGUGGUUAUGUUCUUUCAUGGCAGCUAUUGGUGAAGGGUCCCUGAAGCAGAUUACUAGCGCUACAACCACUUCUUUCUGCUUCGUUACGGUUUUCCAGCUGGGCCAAGGCUGGAUUUCUGGAGUUCGCAGCCACCGGCUUUCCUCGUCGGGAGCUGGAUUGGAACAUACUCCGGUACGUUUCUUUUUGGUAGUUAACCAUGUUAGUCGUGGACGCCUGUUAAACUUUGUUCCUGUUGGCUCGGUAUGAGGUCUGUGCUUGGAGUGUUUUUUGUUGACUCUGCUUGUGUUUGCCGGAGAAGACAACCGGAGACUCUCCGGGGUGGACUUGUGGGACUUGCUACUGUGCUGGGAUGGUUUUAUUCGCUGAGACUCGCUGAGGUGUGAUUUCUGGCUACUGUUAAACUACCCUUCCUUUACACCUCGUCGUUGCCGUCGUGGUGUUGCCGGGACCCGACGGGGGUUGGUGUGAGGUGGGGGAUUUUGGUUUGCAGGUGUUACUGUUCCGGCUGGGCUACAUCUCUGCCGUCGAUGCUGCCAGGGUGAUCGUCGGGACCUGGUAGGGGUGGGGGAGGGGAAAAUGACGUUACUUUCCGGUUGGUUCUCUUUCGCCACCAGUCGCCGGUCAUCAGAAAGCUUGGAGACGCCGGACCAGGUGGGUGGCUGGGAUUGGGGGUGGGUUACGAGGUGACUGACAGGGGACAGUGGGACAGGCUGUCACUGUUGGCGUUGACUGAAUUUAAAUUUCGGAUUCUACCGCGUGGGAGAUGCGGCGCUGAAACGUGGGCUGCUGCUUUGGUUUUUGACCCGAAACAUGACAAACCCUAAUGGGCUUUUUGGACGCUGGGCUCUGCUGAAGUGUGCGGUCCCUGGAAGGCUGGAACGGAGGUAUUAGAUGCGGAACUGACCGCUGGGAUAUGCUACAGGCUGGGUAAUGGCCUUUCAUAGGCUCAUGGCCCAAUUUAUUGUUAUUUGUGAGUGAGGGCUUCCGGAAGCUGGGCUUUGGGGAAUACUGCUCUUUGGUGACUUUGCUGGCCCAUGAGCCUUUACUGGUUCGGCGGUCAGUGCCUUACGAGAUGCUUUUGACUCGUUAAUGGGCUGACCCUCCAUGGGCUAGUCCAUCUUGGUUACUUGACUUUUUGUGAUAUGAGCCAGGGCUUGUCUCGUGCCAUUUUGACUUCUGAAAAAAAAAUACUCUCCACCCCCCUUACCGCGAGGUUUGGGGGGGGGGAUAUGAAAGAUACUAUUUUAGGUUAGCAUGUUAGCUUAGAUAGUUCUUUCAAUUUUUUGAUGCAUUGUAUAUGCUAUUUUCUGGAUAUAUAUAUUUACAUUUUAUCCAAAAAAGGGAAGGACCCAAGCUCGGGUCUAUGCUAUGACGGAGGCGGAUGCUCGUGCCAACCCGGACUCCGUUGCGGGUAGAACUUGAAGUUGCUACCAUUGCCCGUUGCUUCGGGAGGCUCAAGGGAGGAAGACGUGGUUCGUGCUUCUUCCAUUAUGUUUUAAAAACAAUUAAGUUAAUGCUCAUGGAUACUAUUUUCUUAAUAAUUACUUUGGGGGCUUGUAUGCCUAGUUAUGCCAAGUGUGGCUUGAACAAUUGUACUAAUGCUUCCGUUGUUUUAAAUGCAUGUUUUACAUUAUGUUUGUUUA